CAUUCUGAUGCUUCUAAUCGUCUGUUACUCGCCGUCCUGUGUCUAUUUCUCCUCGUUUUAAUAUCUGCCCGUGUUCCGACCAGGUUCCCAUUGCUUCAUGCGACGGUACGACGCUGCGUCAUGGAAGACGAACUGGUGACUGACGGCGGGCCGGUUGCUGUGGACGCCAGAAGACGCUUCCACGUCGUGGAAUUUCGCGACAAGAGCACAUACGUUAUCUCGUCCUCUUGGGUCAGUCAUACAGUCGCUGGGACAUACGCCCACUGGCCAGAAGGGGUAUCCAAACUAAAGAUCAACAAGCUCAUCAGAACUCAUGAAGGCCCAAAAGACACGUGGACUCUCCACCAUAUUCGCAUUCUCCACACCACAGAUGAUGCAGAUGAGGCUUUCGAUCUUCUCCCUGCUGCUGAGGACACCUCGAACUUAGAGCAUGAUGAAGAAUACCGAAAAAAAACUCGGAAAACACGCAAGCGAGUUAUAAUAUAUAGUGACGAAGAUGAUGACGAGGAAGAGAAACAGCCAGCACGGAAAAAAAAGAAAGGAUCUCGCCACCACACACAAAUAGCCCCACCUCCAUCAUUGCCACCCCAUUUAUGUAGCAGCCUCUUGAACACAGAAGUGUCACAUGUCCACACAAGCACUGGAAAUGGUACCCGUGCUCAACAGCAACACCAAAGACCUUCAGAGAAUUCAGCAAGGCCUGUCUUUUCAGGGAUGAAUUUGUGCAGCAGCGCAUCACAAGAGCACAGUGGCAGUGUACCAUGCAUACCAGGAGUGUUGUCAGCAUUCGAGAGCAUUGUUCCUUCCCCCCAGUGUGUGCCUACCCUACCAUUAUGUGAGCAACAUGAAUUAUCACAAGCACGCAGCAGGAAUCCAUCGCAUACAGCAGGCAUCUUGUCAGCAUUUGAGAACAUGUCUUCCUCACCAUGUGAAUCCUCAGGGGACCAGCACCCUAGCUUGUCCCUGCAGACCCAAUAACAAAGCUACACAUGCGGAACAUCCCCAGAGGCCUCCCCUUC